AUGCCCCAGCAACAGCGGACGCCCUCUCGACCAAUCAGCUGCCAGCGCAACCCGCAGCGCGAGCGCAUUCCACGCUGCGGCUCAAACAAGUCUCUAACAAACAAAUCAAGGCCAAAUUUAAAAGGUCUCCUGGCAACAACUCCAACUCAUGUUACCUCUCCUACCGAGCUGCCCCAGACUACACUCACCCUGGAGCCUCCAUUCCCAGAGAUAUUCACCGGGGAGACAGUCACUCUGAGGUGUGGGGUUGAGGGGGGUUCUGCUGGCUGGAAAUAUCUCUGGUACAAAGACAGUGAGGACACUCCAGUGCUCCAGACUGCUGGUCGCAGUAUAACUGGUGACAGCUACACCAUCACUGCAGCCGCUGUAUCUGACCAGGGCCAGUACUGCUGUCGAGGACAAAGAGGAGAUCAGCCACUCUACUCUCAGCGCAGCGAUCCUGUGAAAUUAAACAUAACUGAGCUGCCAAAGGCUGUGCUGACCAGCAGUCCUCAAUGGAGAAACCUGUACACUGGAGAGACUGUCACCCUGAGCUGUGAGGUUGAGGGGCGUUUCACUGGAUGGCGAUAUCUCUGGUACAAGAAAAGUGAGGGAGGCACAGUGCAGCAGAUUGGAGACGCUAUUGAUGAGAGAUACACAAUCAGGCUUGCUGAUCAGUCCUAUAGUGGACAGUACUGGUGUGAGGCACAAAGAGGAGAUCGACCACGUUCCUCUCAGCGCAGUGACCCUGUUACACUGACUGUGUCUGAGCUGCCAAAGGCUGUGCUGAACAGCAGUCCUCAAUGGAGAAACCUGUACACUGGAGAGACUGUCACCCUGAGCUGUGGGGUUGAGAGGGGUUUCACUGACUGGGAAUAUCUCUGGUACAAGAGCAGUCAGAGAGACACAAGGCAGAUCAGAGACACCACUGGAGCCAGUUACACACUCAGCUCUGUCACUCAGUCCCAUAGUGGAGAGUACCAGUGUGAGGCACAAAGAGGAGACCGACCACGUUCCUCUCAGCGCAGUGAUCCUGUUACACUGACUGUGUCUGAGCUGCCAAAGGCUGUGCUGACCAGCAGUCUUCAAUGGGGAGAGCUGUACACUGGAGAGACUGUCACCCUGAGCUGUGGGGUUGAGGGGCGUUUCACUGGAUGGCGAUAUCUCUGGUACAAGAGCAGUCAGGGAGGCACAGUGAAGAUCAGAGACACCACUGGGGCCAGAUACACACUCAGCCCUGUCACUCAGUCCCAUAGUGGACAGUACCAGUGUGAGGCACAAAGAGGAGAUCAACCACGUUCCUCUCAGCGCAGUAAUCCUGUUACACUGGCUGUGUCUGCUGGCAGGCCAAAGCCUGUCCUGACCCAGGAGCCUGCAGGAGAGAUAUCUGAAGGAUACACAGUGACUCUGAGCUGUGUAGUUGAGGGGGGCUCUGAUGGCUGGAGAUAUCUCUGGUACAAAGACAGUCAGAGAACUUCAGCACCUCAGACUGACAGCAGCAGUGGAACUGGAGCCGGAUACACAAUCAGUGCUGCUGCUCUGUCCCACAGUGGAGAGUACUGGUGUGGAGCUGAAAGAGGGAGCAAACCGUUUAACUCACAAUACAGCAAUGCUGUCAAGAUACAAGUGUCAAAACGACCCCAGGCUGUCCUGACCCAGGAGCCUGCAUGGACACAGAUAUACGAAUCAGAGAGAGUCACACUGAGAUGUCAGGUUCAGGGGGGUUACACUGACUGGAGAUUCACAUGGUACAAAGCUGGGAGGAAUGCUCCAGUAACCCAGUAUUACUACAGCAGUAUAGAUGGUGACAGCUACACAAUUAGCUCUGCUGCUCAAUACCACAGUGGGGAAUAUACCUGUCAAGGUGUAAGGACGGGUAACCCAUCGUACUCUAAAACAAGCGAUGCUCUUACAAUGAGAGUAUCAGCUGGCAGGCCAAAGCCUGUCCUGACCCAGGAGCCUGCAGGAGAGAUAUUUGAAGGAGACACAGUGACUCUGAGCUGUGUGGUUGAGGGGGGCUCUGAUGGCUGGAGAUAUCUCUGGUACAAAGGCAGUCAGCACAGCACUCCAGUGUACCAGACUGACAGCAGCAGUGGAACUGGAGCAGGAUACACAAUCAGUGCUGCUGCUCUGUCCCACAGUGGAGAGUACUGGUGUCGAGCUGAAAGGGGGAGCAAACCGUUUUACUCAGAAUACAGCAAAGGUGUGAAGAUACAAGUAUCAAAGCUGUUCAGCACACCCACUCUGACAGUGAGACCUGAUGCCUCAGUGUGGGAGGGAGAGGCUGUGACUCUGCAGUGUGGGGCUCACAUAAAUAAACAGGGCACACAACUGCAGUACCGCUAUAUCAAAGACAAUGGGGAUCUGAGUGGAGCUGGAUCACAGGCUCAGCAUUCAAUCCCAGUGGCAGGGCUGAGAGACACAGGGAGCUACCAGUGUGAGGUGGAGGCAGCAGGGACGGGGCUGAAUAAAAGGAGUUAUUCUGUGUCACUGACUGUGAAAGAGCUGCCCCAGACUACACUCACCCUGAAGCCUUCACUCCCAGAGAUAUUCACCGGGGAGAAAGUCACUCUGAGGUGUGGGGUUGAGGGGGGUUCUGCUGGCUGGAAAUAUCUCUGGUACAAAGACAGUGAGGACACUACAGUGCUCCAGACUGCUGACCGCAGUAUAACUGGUGACAGCUACACCAUCACUGCAGCUGCUGUAUCUGACCAGGGCCAGUACUGCUGUCGAGGACAAAGAGGAGAUCAGCCACUCUACUCACAGCGCAGCGAUCCUGUGAAAUUAAAGAUAACUGAUGAAGACGUGAUCCUGCAGACUCCCCUCCAGCCUGCGAUUGAGGGAGACUCUCUGACUCUGAGGUGUCGUGUCCACACAAAUUAUACAUUUACCAGGAUUGUCUUUUUUAAAGAUAAUGAAGAGAUUCAGUCCCAGAAUAACACAGAGCUGAGUAUGGAUCGUGUUUCAAAGAGUGACGAGGGGUCCUACAAGUGCAGAGCGAUGUGGAACUCCUCAACUUACUCUGGUGACUCUGCAGAGGUGCGGGUGUCAGUGAGAGAGCUGUUCUCCAGGGUGACUCUGACAGCCUCUCCAGGAGCCACAGUGAAGGAGGGAGAGGCUCUUAACCUGACCUGUGAGGCAGCAGUGAACAAACCCCCCCGCCCUGAACUCCACUACACCAUUGUGAGAGACGGGGAGCCUGUGACUAACAGCACUGACUCUGCACUGUACAGCAUAGCCAGCACUGAGAAGAGCCACACUGGGAGCUACACGUGUGCUGUGGAGUCACAGGGAGUGAAGAAGAGCAGCCAGGAGCUACACAUUGAAGUGCAAACGUCCUGGCACAGCGCUGUUGCUAUUGGCUACAGAGUGAGCUUCACUCUGAUUCAUUUCAUUGUGUUCACUCUGCUGCUCCUUCAAUACUGCAGGAUCCAAGGUUCCCUGUGUAUUGCUGGCGGUACAUCACGGAAAACCUCAGAUCAGGAUCAGGAGCAGUCAGCAGAGAGGAUUGAGCUCUGCAGCCGUGUGCAGCACACUGGAGUGGAACUGCAAUAGUAUUGCACUGUCGUACUGAAGAUCAGCCUGAAUGCAUUGUCUUAGAACUGCUGUGAAUAUCUGUUCAAACUGCGGCUGUAGUUUACAGAAAAUAACCAUUGACUGGGGUAUUUUCUAAGACCUCAAAACAAAUGGAUUAUUCAUUGAUUGUUUGAUUUAAUUCAUUUAUUUAAUAGAUUGCUUGAUUGCACAGUUUAACUUUGAGUGCAUUACUGAACAAUGUAUGUAUUCAUAAGCUAUCCUUUAGUCAAUAAACUGCUUU